AUGUCACUGCGCAGUGAAUUUGCUGUGAAAUUUUUGGAUUUUUGGAAUGGUGUUAAGCGUGGCUCCCGGGGUCGCCGACAGGAUGUUAAUACCGAACCCAAGUCGGGAAGUAGCCUGGUUAUACGCAAACAGAAGAGCGUUCAGUGUUGCGAAUUCAACUACUCCCGUUUGGUAGUCAUGGGACGGCUGCCGGAGGUUGGUUUCCUGGGUCGGACCCCGGCUGCUCAACAUUUCGGUGUCUCGUUGCUCAGAAGCAACAGCAACCGGCCUUACAUCCUUCACACCUCCUCUGAUCCUCUCAAGAUACCCUUCUUCAUCUCUUCUGGCUUGCGGUUGUGCCACCAACUUAAGUCCUUUGACCGUCCGGGUCACCGGAUGACUGACUGUGACAACUACGCCCUUCUUCAAAUGCGCUCCUCGACAAGCUUCGACUCAACACCUGCCAUCACCACCUCGGCUACCACUGUGCUUAGUAGCACUUUGGGCUAUUCAAGUGCAAAUGCGCACUACCAUCUGCGCCUGCCUGUUAAUGCCUUCUACUACCUUACUGUAUACGCUGCCUAUGAGGACAUUGGGACCAUAUCCACAGAGGCUAGCGAUCAUCUGGAGUGUGUCUACCGAAUUCUUGUGGAUGCACGAAGACCCACUGUGUCCAGUGGCUCAGGGUGGGUGGGAGCCCGUCUGCUGGAGCCCACUCGUCUCAGUUUAGAGGUGAACAAGCGCCACCUCUUUCGCCUUGAUGUGCCCAUCAAGUAUGCCUCUGUGGCCGUGGUAAUCAACGCCUCAGAGUGGCACUUCCUCAAGUCUUCUCCCACCUCCUCUUCCUCCUCGGGCUGCGCGCGAUGGUCGGGCAAGGUGGUGCCGCUAGUCACGGGCGAGUUGGCCGUCUACGCGUCCACCACGAAGGAGAGUGCUGCUUCCACCACAGAGUCUGCAGAAGGCGUACCCUACGUAAAACUCCUCGAGUAUACCCUCUUCCAGUCCGCGCUGCAACAACCAUCGCCAACCCCACAGCAACAAUCUCAACAGCAGCCUUCACCGGGCAUGGAGUUCAAAAUAAAUGAGGAGUUUGCGAAACACUAUAACAAAUACCGUCAAAAGGAGGAAUUCCAGAAACUGAAGUCUCGCUAUGGUGAUGUCAAACUCUUCAACGCCAAGAAAAAGACCGCCAAUGGAGCAGAAAAUGAUGAAACUGACGAUGAUUCCUCGUCUUCUUCCUCUAGUGAGUCAGACUCCGAAUGGGAGGCGCAAGAGCACGAAGACUUUUUGCGACUCUACGAUGCCCUCUGUCGUGAUGAUCCAGCUUUGAAUGACGAGGAAAAGGUGUGGUUCCGGGAGAAACCCGAAAGCUUAGAAAAACAGGCGAAGGAGAAGGACCAACCGGUAUUACUUAAGGAUCACGCGCGUAAUCUCUUGCUCUCGGAGGAGAAGGACUCGAACAACAAAACGGAAAGUGGCUUUACCAAGAAACUACAUGCUACAGAUGCGCAAGCACAGAAGGAAGACUUUUUGGCAGAAACUGAGAGGCUCUUUAAUGAAAGUAACGAAGAGGAGGAGAUCUUCUCCAAGAAAGCAUUAGAUUCUCAAGUUGAUGAGCCAAAAAAACCACCUAUCGACACUUCUCACUUCACGUUCCAAGUGCCAGAAGAGGAUGCGGAGUUUCUUCGCGACUACCUCGUGAAUAGACGCUGGAGGUCUACUGAAAAGAAGGCUGUUAAGAAGACACCGGAACCCAGUGUUGACGUAAUGGCGGAGGUGAUUCUUGCUGCAAAGCCACAAAAAGUUGUCGGUACUGAUGAGCCCUUGUUGACAGGGCCAGAAGAAUUGGAAGCAGAUGAUGAGUUCCUCGUCAAAGCUCGAAGAUUUGAGAAUGCAUGGAAUAAUAAUGACGAGGAACUGACAAAAGAAUAUCCCCAAACUUCAGCUACUCGCUACCGAUUUGAAGAAGACGAUAAGGAAUUUAUUAAAACCUACCCGCGUAAAAUAGAGACCACCCUGCGUCAGACCUCAAAGGGCAUGACCCGAGCGGAGAAGCGAAAAGCUCGAGCCGAACGCAAGGCGGCGGAAAAGGCAGCUAAAAUGGCGGACGUGGCGAGACUCAAGAGGCUGAAGAUGGCCGAGUUUGCGGAGAAGCUGGAGCGUAUACGCAAGACGUGCGGCGAUGGAGUCGCUGUUGAUGCAUCAAUGGCGGUGGACGUUGGAGAAAAUGGAGACGUGCCUGUGAAUGAGGUGACUAAAGACGUGAUCGAUUCUCUGGACAAUGACUGGGACCCCGAGGCACACGAUCGUCUGGUUGCCAAGCUCUUCGGUAGCACUUACUAUGGUGCUGAGACAACUGACGAUGGUCUGGAUGAGGCACCAAAAUUUGAGUCGGAUGACGAGGACAAUCGAUUUGGACUCGACGCUGGUGAUUAUGAUGGCUAUCUUCCGAGGCAGCACAGAUCUGUCGAUCAUAAUGAGGAGGGCGCUGCUAGAGAAUUCCCUGAAAAGCAGAAGAAAGAAGGAACCAACGAGGAAGUGGAAACAUCAGCCCUGGCCAGAGCUGCGAAGGAGCUGGAGGCGAUUCUGGCUCCAAGAAAACGCGGAAAAAAGGCACAGGGACGAUCACUUCUUCGAAGUGCUCUAGAUCGACAAAAGCCAAUGUUUGAUCCCAAGCUCUAUCCCGACUUUGAAAAGUACUUCAACGAGUUCUACCAGUUGGACUGCGAGGACAUCAUCAAUGGCUCAGGUCCGGGCGACGAUGUGCACUGUCGCUUCAAGUACCGCCAAGUGAAGCCCAACGACUUCGGGCUGAGUGUGGAGGAGAUUCUCGACGCAGAUGAGAAGGAGUUGAAUCGUUGGGUUUCUGUCAAAACCAUGAGCGCCUAUCGAACAGAGGAGGAGGAAGAACGUGAUUUGCGAAAAUACCACUCCUCAAAGAUGCUACGAAAGAAGGCUUCCCUUAUUCCCUCUCUUGUGAAUAAGCAACCCGGUCAGGAUGGUGGUACGAUAAAACAAACGGAAGGAGAGAAGGCGAAAUCGGCGGAUGAUAAAGGGAAACAACUCUCAAAGAAAGCCUUGAAACGCCUUCGGAAGAAGCAACGCAAAGCAGAACUCCUCUCCGCGGUGGCUGCAGCUGAGGGCACCAUCAAACAGGCUGAUGAUAAACCCACGUUGAAUAAUGCCACCAAACUUGUUGAAGAGAAGGCGAAGGAGUCUCGUCCAACGAAAAAGCGAAAGCUCAAAUCUAAUGCGCCAGCCGAGAAGAAGCCGAAGAAACCGCAUCAUCAAAGGCCGCCCUCGAAGAAGCCAAAACUCUCGGACGAUCGUUUGAGAGCGGCCGGCAUUGACCCCAAACAGUACAAAUACAUGACCUUUAAUAGGAAGAAGUAG